AUGGAGCUAAUACCAGAUUCUCCGUAUACUGUAUGCAUGGAGCUAAUACCAGAUUUUCAGUAUACUGUAUGCAUGGAGCUAAUACCAGAUUCUCAAUAUACUGUAUGCAUGGAGCUAAUACCAGAUUCUCCGUAUACUGUAUGCAUGGAGCUAAUACCAUAUUCUCAGUAUACUGUAUGCAUGGAGCUAAUACCAGAUUCUCAGUAUACUGUAUGCAUGGAGCUAAUACCAGAUUCUCAGUAUACUGUAUGCAUGGAGCCUGUACCAGAUUCUCACUAUACUGUAUGCAUGGCGCUAGUACCAGAUUCUCACUAUACUGUAUGCAUGGAGCUAAUACCAGAUUCUCAGUAUACUGUAUGCAUGGAGCUAAUACCAGAUUCUCAGUAUACUGUAUGCAUGGAGCUAAUACCAGAUUCUCCGUAUACUGUAUGCAUGGAGCUAAUACCAGAUUCUCAGUAUACUGUAUGCAUGGAGCUAAUACCAGAUUCUCACUAUACUGUAUGCAUGGAGCUAAUACCAGAUUCUCAGUAUACUGUAUGCAUGGAGCUAAUACCAGAUUCUUAG